AUGGCACCAAAGAACGAAGGAGAAAGGGACCGCUGCUAUUCCCCCUCUCAGGCGCUGAUCUGUGCUGUGAUGUAUGACCACCACAAAUAUGCCCAAUACCUUCUGACUCUCUGUCCCAGGGAAGCCCUGGCCACUCCAAGGAUGAACGUUGCUCCUCUGUCCCACUAUGCCCCCCACUUGGCUGUUGAACUGGACAGAAAGGAAAUAACGAAUAUGAUCCUGGGAGCCGCCAAACAAAUGGGCAUUCUUCCAUUUUAUAUCAAUCAGAAAAGCAGCCAAUUUAAAGGGGAAGAGAGGUUGGCACUGCACCAGGCAUGUGAGAUGGCAAAUGCAAAUAUGGUGCUGAGACUCUUAGGCAAAGGGGCAGACCCAAAUAUUAAGGACUCAGGUGGAUUUACCCCCUUGGAUAUUGUACUGGAGCAGCUGAAGGAUUCAUGUGUCAACUGGGACUCCAAGAUGAUCUGCCUACACGACCUCUUUCUCUUCUCCCAAGCUGUGCAAUUCAAAAGCAAAGCCACACUCAGGGGCAAUAAGGAAUACUGGGGCAACUUGCUAGAGCAGGAUGAGUACAACUACUUUAUAGGGAAAUCCCCCGCCCCGCUGAGUUUGUGCUCCAUGAAAACAGUCCUACAAUGUCUUGUGCCUUCCGACUUCCCACACAGUGUCCUAGCGCUUCCCAUUCCCCACUCCCUAAAGCCAGUGCCUGCCCAGUUGGACACAUGGGAACUCAGGGAACCCUAA